AGUCGUCAACUUCUAUGCUGAUUCUACAAUGAGUCUAUUAGAAGUCUUAGUCUCAAUCAAUGAAGGUGACCAAUUAAUGUCGUUCCCACUUAAGAAAAUGUGGCCCGUGAUAGUGAGAUCCAUGGGCAGAUUUGGUAAAUACGUUACAUUUCCUAUUGUGGCUAUUAUUGGAUUUAUUGGAUAUAAUAUGGAGGGAUGGAUAUCUGACCGUUAUACACCAGCGACAAAACCUAUCACACAGCAAAGGCAAGAAAGGCUACUAGAAAAUAUAGAUGCCUCAACAACCAAAAAGAAACACAAUCCUUUAGAAGUUAAUCUUUCGCCAUCAUUGUCUAGUUAGGUACAGAAUUGGUCGUGUAAAGCUGAACGCCCGGUUGAUUCGAGUAUACGUCCAACCGGCGUCCUGAAGAUGGAUGC